CUCCUUCCAUAUUCACAAGCGCCAAUACUUCCUUAGUCACAAUGGGACGUACUAUCCCAACCUCUCUUCUUCUCCUCGUCGUCUUAGCCAUCCCACAAAUCUCGGUCGUCGACGCUCAAGAUUCACCCCAAGACUUCGUCAACGCGCACAACGCCGCCCGCCGCCAGGUCGGCGUCGGACCCAUCUCAUGGGACAACAGGGUAGCCUCCUACGCUCGCAACUACCUGAGCCAGUUCCGAAACAGUUGCCAGAUGGUUCACUCCGGCGGUCCCUACGGCGAGAAUCUCGCCUGGGGCUACCCCGACCUCACCGGCACCGCCGCCGUCAAGAUGUGGGUGGAUGAGCGGCCGUUCUAUGAUUACAACUCCAACUCGUGCGUCGGAGGAGAGUGCCGACACUACACUCAGGUGGUGUGGCGCAACUCGGUUCGGGUCGGUUGUGCUAAGGUCAGGUGUGACAAUAAUGGUGGGACUCUUAUCAGCUGCAACUAUGACCCUCCGGGGAAUUAUAUUGGUGAACGUCCAUAUGAUAAUCCUUUCUUCCAAGUCCCACUCAGCUUCAGAAAGAGUCUAAAAGAAGAUUAAGUGGGACUAGCUUCUAGGGUUUAUUAUGCUUGUAUACGUGUGUGGAUAAGUGGAAGCUGGUCGUGAAUAUGGAUGUGUUUCAGAUGGUUAUGUUUGGUUGUGUCAUUGUGUACUUUGGUUUUGAUCACUCAGGAAAUAAAAAACAGAGCCUGAUCGUGUUUGUUUAA